AUGUCCCCUGAGGACGCCUCCAUCUACACAUUAGUGACGAGCAUCCUGGCAGAGUGGCGCAGUGGCGUCACUCUACUGAAGGAGGAUAUCAUUCGCUUAAUCCUACGUCGUGUGCGUCCCAUCCUCAUGAGCCAGCCGAUGCUCGUCCGCACCGAGGCGCCGAUCAACGUCUGCGGCGACAUACACGGCCAAAUUACAGACCUCGUUGAAAUCUUUAAGGCGGGUGGGCUGCCUCCCAACUCACGCUACCUCUUCCUCGGUGAUUACGUGGAUCGAGGCAAGUACGGGACGGAGGUGAUCACGGUGUUGCUGGGGUUGAAGGUGCUGUACCCAAAGCGCAUUUAUGUUCUCCGUGGAAACCACGAGACGGACAGCAUUUGCCGCAUCUACGGCUUCUUUGACGAGGUGAAGCGCCGCUUCAGCGUGCGCCUCUUCAAGGAGUUCACCGAUGUGUUUAACUGUCUUCCCGUGGCGGCGUUGAUUGAGGAGAUUGCGUUGUGCAUGCACGGCGGUCUCAGUCCUGAGCUGCGGCAUCUGCGUCAAAUUGAACAGAUCUACCGGCCGUUGGUGGUCCCCGAUGAGGGACUUGCCUGCGAUAUUCUCUGGUCCGACCCGGAGGAGGGUUCAUCUGGCUGGCAACCAAGUGAGCGCGGUGUUAGUUUUACCUUUGGUGAGGAUGUAGUGAAACGCAUGUGCGACAGCCUCGGUAUCGAUAUUGUUCUCCGAGCCCAUCAGGUAGUGGAUGAAGGCUACUCAUUCUUUGCCGGCAGGCGCCUCGUCACCAUUUUUAGCGCGUCCAACUACUGUGGCGAGUUCACGAACAGCGGUGCCAUGAUGCUGAUGGACGAAAACUGCAUGUGCAGCUUCCAAAUUUUUAAGCCUGAGUACUAA